AUGGACCUCCGGCGGGGUGUGGUCCGAGCGGGCUAUGCAAUCCUUCCGACGGCAUCCAAAUCGGCCCGGCGCAUGGCAUGUUUGGCGGCGAUUCGCACGCGUCACGCCGCGCCCUCGCUCCAAAUUCCGCUUCAACUCAGCCCGUCUCCUCCGCGGAUACCCUGCUUGCCACCCACCACCUUCUUCGCGCAGCCCAUGCAACAGCAUGUAACACCACCUCCCGACACUGCCAAGGGCAAACGCAAAGCCAGCGAUGCAUCCGACACCUCAACCGAUGACUCGUCGGGAUGGUGUUUGAUCUGCCACUCGGACGUGGUGGAUCGGACGGUGCUUCCGCGCUGCCUGCACUCGCAAUUCUGCUUCCUGUGCAUCACGCGCUGGUGUGCGAUCAAACCGCGCUGUCCGCUCUGCCAAUCCGACGUCGGCGAGUACAUCAUCCACGCCAUCCGCGACGACGCCGACUAUGUCCGAUACCACCUUCCUCCUUCUCUCCCUUCGGCCUCUAUGUCGCAAGGUGAAGUGGUACGGAGGCGGCACAUUGUAUCGCAGAUGCAACGUGCUCGUGCAUCGCGCUCCCACUUCGAGGCUAGUGCGCUCGAACGUCGGAAACACAUCUACCGGUACGGGUUGUACGCUCGACACGUCGGCAGCAACAGGCACACAUCAUAUAGAGCCACACCCACGCCGGCGCAAAUCAAGCACGACGCAGCUACGGGUGGGGUUGUUGCGCGCCGGAUCGCGAGCUUUGUUCGACGCGAGCUGCAGGUCUGGCCGCACGUGGAUGGCGAGUUCCUCACGCGAUAUCUGGGGUCGCUGUUGCAGGUGUUUGGCGUGUCGAGCGACGAGGCGGUGCGGCUACUGGGCGAGUUCCUCGGCGAACGCACGGCACGCCAUCUGCUCCACGAACUCGAGUGCUUUCUGCGAAGUGGAAAGACAGAGUUGGCCAACUAUGAUGCGAGCCCCUGGCUGCAGUAUCCGCCACCCAAGAACAGCGUGCCCGCAGGCCGAAGUGAAGGUACGGAUGGUGGGGAGGUGAGGGAAGAGGUGGCACGGCGCAGACAGGUGCUGCUCGAUAGGUUGGAGCGCGAGCGUGCACUCCUAACACAGAACCACGAGUCCCGGCAAGGUUCGCAACUAGAUCAAUAG